AUGAUUUCAUCAUCUCCCAUAUGGAGACUGACUUCAAAGUCACUCGCGAGGCUUCCUUGUGUGUCGAAGCUAUGGUCAUCAAUGUUCAUGACCAAGUCCACGGCUAAGCCGCGCCUCUUAUUCGCCAUUGAAGAAAACGACUGUGGUGUGUGGAGUUUCUUCUCGUCGCCUCAGCUGGAUAGUCCAUAUGAGAAUACUUCGUCGACGACUCUUGUAGCAGCCGCCAAAUUUCAUGUGAGAUUCUCUCCAGCCCGGCUACUGAUCAGUCAUCAUUAUGACCUAAUGUUUUUUUCAUGUGGCUACGACUCUGGCUUGUUACAUAUGUAUGGUUCUCGAUACCAAGCUAGACCUAUGAUAUGUAACCCCAUCACAGGACGGUAUGCGAUCUUACCCGAACGGUAUACUUACCGAAAGGCGUAUAGCUUUUUCGGGUUUGACCCGAUUGAGAAGCAAUACAAGGUAUUGUCCAUGGCUUAUCCAUUUGGUCCUGGUCGUCAUAAAAUUCUUACAUUUGGAAAUGGAGAUAUGGGAUGGAGAAAGAUUAAGUGUCCCUUAAAACAUGAAGUUUCGAGUGAUGGGGUACGCAUCAAUGGGGUUUUGUACUAUUUAGGUGACUCAAGUAAUUGUACAGAUGGUAAUGCUGAAAUGUAUUAUCAUGUAAUAGUUUGCUUGGAUCUUAGGUCUGAGGAAUUCACAUUUAUUGGCAUAGAUAUGUUUUGUAAGUUGAUAAACUACAAGGGCAAAUUAGCUUUGAUUUAUUGGGAGGAUGAUCCAUUCAUUUAUAAGUUUUCUAGUGGUACGACGGAUUCUAAUGAGUUGCAUCUGUGGGUUCUAGAGGACGUUGAGAAACAGGAAUGGUCGAAACAUACUUACACUAAUUUGAGGUAUGACGAUUCCUUCCGUCGUGAGGUUUCCAUAGCUGGAGUGACUGCUUUGGGUGAAAUAGUUUUUUCGAUGCGCGAGUAUAUACCUGAAGAACCGUUUUACGUUUUCUACUUUAAUCCCGAAAGGAACACUCUCCAACGUGUUGAGAUCCAAGGUUUUGGUGAAGCGACUAAGGAAUAUUGUCGUGUUCGCACCUUUGUAAACCACGUAGAAGAUUUUAAUGAUAACCAGUUAGAGCAGCUCAAGUCAGUCCAUCCUCCAUUGAAGGAUUCAGAAUAUGUAGAACCAUCAGAUUCAGAAUCUGACUGA